UUUUUAAAUUGAACUUAAAGUUGAAUUUUUGAUUAUAAGGUAAUAUUUGUAAUUAAAUUGUUGAUUGAUUUUAUUUAUUUCUAAUUGUUUGGUUUGUUGGUUUGGUUGGUUUUUUCAUCCCUUAUUUGGAUUAGUUGAUUUUAUUAGUAUGUCGGUGACUGGUGUUACUAUUACUCCACCAGCAACAACUGGAUGGCCAAAAGUGAAAACUGAAUCAGGAGAAAGACAAUCAACUUAUACCGGCAAAUAUUUAGCUUCAAAUAAUUUACUCUCGAUUACCUGUGAUCGAACAAUUAAUCUAUAUCCAUUAUCAAAUUAUACUUUUGGUACUAAAGAUGCUCUAUUUGAGAAAGAUCCUUCAGUUCCUGCUCGAUUUCAACGAAUGAAAGAUGAAUUUGAAAAGGUCGGAAUGAGAAGAUCAGUUGAAGGAGUUUUACUUGUCCAUGAACAUCGACUUCCUCAUGUUUUACUCCUUCAAUUAGGAACAACUUUCUUUAAAUUACCUGGAGGUGAAUUAAAAGCAGGAGAAGAUGAAGUCGAAGGACUAAAAAGACUUCUAACCGAAACACUAGGUCGUCAAGAUGGAAUAGCCAAUGAGUGGACAAUUGAAGAUACAAUUGGUAAUUGGUGGAGACCCAAUUUUGAGCCACCCCAAUAUCCAUAUGUACCACCACAUAUAACCAAACCCAAGGAACACAAGAGACUAUUUUUGGUCCAAUUACCUGAGAAAGCUUUAUUUGCCGUACCUAAGAAUUAUAAAUUAGUGGCCGCUCCACUUUUCGAGCUGUAUGACAAUGCUCAAGGCUAUGGACCGAUCAUCUCAUCUUUACCUCAAACCUUAAGUCGAUUCAAUUUCAUUUAUCUUUGAACAGCUACAAGAAAUUCAAUCAUCUCAUAAAAAUCGUAUUCAUUUCCAUGUCCUCAGCAUCGACCUUUCUUUUCCUUUAAUCAAUCUUAAACUAUGUAUCGUUCACCUUGAUUAUCGCUAAAUUAUAAAUCACAAAGUAAUCACGACUAUAGUUUUGCUCUCCCGACGUUACAUGUAUUUAUUUUAUUCCUAUUUUUGUAAAUCAUCAAACUGUAAACUCAGUGAAAAUCAAUCACGACAAAAAAUCAUCCUUUCGGUAAAUUAAUUAACAAGAUUCUCUCUUUGUUCACAA